AUGGAUGACUUUGACGAGGAUCUCUUUGAGGAAGGCGACGAAUACCUCGAACGGAGGUAUAUGGAGGAGCAGGCUUUGCUUGAAGCAGAUGAUAAUGAAGGAGACGACGGUGCCUUCCGACCCGCAGACGCAUCCUUCGCCAACGUCAGCGACCAGGCGGGAUCUUCAGACAACGGACCAGCUUGUCCGAUCUGCAGUAUCAGCUUAAAAGGGAUCAACGAGCAAGAUGCCGGCGUGCACGUCAACAAUUGCCUCGAUGGAAAUCCUACUCCCCUGCCCGAGCCAAAAAUCCCACAACCACCACCUCCAGUUGAGGCUACCACGAAACCGGAGGCUGGCAUUGCCCACCCAAAUCAGUUUCGAAAACCGAAUCGCGCACCAAAGCCUGGUCAAGCGAGUCCCUUUACCUUUGGCCAGCAAGCGGGCAGCGGCGGAUCAGCGUUUAACAAACUCAUGUCCGGCCAUGCCGAAGAUGCCGCGUGGGCAGAGGCCGCCGCCUCCGAACACGCAUCUCGGGGAAAGCCUUCUUACCAGCGUACCUGCCCUUUCUACAAGAUCUUGCCGGGACUGUUCAUCUGCGUGGACGCUUUCAGAUAUGGGGCCGUGGAGGGAUGUCAGGCCUACUUCCUGAGCCAUUUUCACAGCGAUCAUUAUGUCGGUUUGACGAGUAGCUGGAGCCACGGGCCAAUCUACUGCUCCAAAGUCACGGCAAAUCUUGUCAGACAACAGCUGAGGGUGGACCCCAAGUACGUUGUGGGUUUGGAGUUUGAGCAGACGGUCGACGUGCCUGGCACCAAAGGGGUUAAGAUGACGAUGAUCUCUGCCAAUCACUGUCCGGGAAGCUCGUUGUUUCUCUUCGAAAAGGUGGUUGGCAAGAAGACGAACGGUGAGCCCAGACUUCAGCGCAUCUUACACUGCGGUGACUUCCGAGCGUGUCGAAUGCACGUUCAGCAUCCCCUGUUGAUCCCUGAUGUCCAAGACCAACUCUCUGGCAAAAGUAAAGAGCAGAAGAUCGACGUCUGCUACCUCGACACCACCUAUCUGAACCCAAAAUACUCGUUUCCGAGUCAGGAGAAUGUCAUCAAGGCUUGCGCGGACAUGUGCGUCAGCUUAAGCAAGCACAGCGUCGACGAUAGCGACGGCUGGGAGCAGAUGAAAAAGCAACGCGCAGGUGAGGGCAUGGCCAAGUUCAUUCGCAAGGAAUCACAACCAGAGAUCAAGCAAGAGCCCGCAGACGAAGGCGAGAUGGAGGACUUGAAACUUGGCAAGAAUCCCCACGGCCGCGGCAGACUGCUCGUCAUAGUCGGCACCUAUAGCAUAGGUAAAGAGCGCAUCUGUCUGGGCAUCGCCAGAGCACUGAACUCGAAGAUCUACGCUCCGCCCACGAAACAACGCAUCGUCGCCGCACUUGAGGACCCCGAGCUGGACGCCCUCAUGACCAGUGAUCCACGCGCCGCGCAGGUGCACAUGACUCCCCUCUUCGAAAUCCGCGCCGACACUCUCGACGACUACUUGAAAGACUACUUCCCACACUUUACGCGCGCCGUCGGUUUCCGCCCCAGCGGCUGGAACUACCGACCCCCGACGUCGCGCUUCACGGACUCACCCACAGUGCAGACGGUGCUGCACAGCGAGAACUGGAAGAGCGGCUUCAGCAUGCGCGACCUUGUACCGCAGCGGGGCUCGACGAGUCGCGCGUCGUGCUUCGGCGUGCCGUAUUCGGAGCACAGCUCUUUCCGCGAAUUGACGAUGUUUUGCUGCGCGCUGCGGAUUGAGAAGAUCAUUCCGACGGUCAACGUGGGGAGCAAGAAGGGUCGGGAGCGGAUGAAGUGGUGGUGUGAGAGGUGGUUGGCGGAGAGGCGGAAGAAUGGGCUGUAUAAAUUGCCCGAGGAUGGGAGCUGGUGA